AUGCCUCUCCCAAAGUCUGCGUAUAUUAGUGAAGUAUGGAAGGAUGGGAUCUUUGAAAACAAAGUCGUCUUCUGCACCGGCGGUGCCGGUACCAUCUGCAGCGCUCAGGUACGAGCAAUGGUCUAUUUAGGCGCCAACGCAUUCAUUCUUGGACGGAAUAUCGAGAAAACUGAGCGAAUGGCCAGGGACAUUGCUACAGCCCGGCCCGGCGCAAAGGUUAUUGGACAAGGAGGAACUGAUGUUAGAGAUUUUAAUAUCAUAAAAGCUGCAGCUGAGCGUUGCGUGAAGGAAUUGGGUUCAAUCGACUUUGUUAUUGCUGGUGCGGCUGGCAAUUUCCUUGCCUCGAUAGAACAAAUUUCCGUAAACGCUUUCAAGAGCGUCAUGGACAUCGAUGUCCUGGGAUCAUACAACACCCUAAAAGCCACCGUCCCAUAUCUCAUCGAAUCUGCCGCAAAACAUAAAUGCGAUGGAGUCACGCCCUCCCCCACCGGUACAGGCGGACGCAUCAUCUUUGUCAGCGCAACGCUCCAUUAUGCUGGAGUCCCACUCCAAUCACAUGUAUCCGUCGCCAAAGCCGGUGUCGAUGCGCUAUCCAAUAGCGUUGCGAUCGAAUACGGGCCCCUCGGUGUCAAUUCCAACAUCAUAGCCCCAGGACCAAUUGCAGACACAGAGGGAAUGCAACGACUUUCCCGUGCUGAGGAUGCGAUGGAAAGCAGAUCGUCAAUCCCAUCUGGAAGAUGGGGCACCGUCAAGGAAAUAUCUGAUGCCACCGUCUACCUUUUCUCUGAUGCCGGAAACUAUGUCAACGGCUCGACUGUUGUCGUUGAUGGAGGUGCUUGGCGCUUGCAGCGCUCGGGCGGCUCCCGCCCCGGAUUCAAGUACCCAGACUUCCUUCUCUCCGGAAAGGAAGUGACAGGCGUGGCGGGGACGAAGAAAUCGAAGUCGAAAAUUUAA